AUGUCUCUCACACUCGCCAAUCUCCAUGGAAAAUACCCUCUUCAUAGUCCGAAGGUCCUUGAGGAGGGGAUCGAACAGAGCAUCGCAGCGGAACUCGUCGAGUUGGUUGGUCCUGCUCCCGAAGUACAGCUCAGCAAGCAUCCCCCCCACCCUCCAAGCAUGCCAAUCAUAUGCACUGCCGAAGGUCCCUACUUUGGGCAGUAUUUUCAAACGUGCAAAGAUCCAUCAGCUUCUCUGGUCUGCAGUACUCCAAUACCCAUCAGCCCCCCUUUCACUGGAGGUUCAGACUUGCUUACCCGUCUCCUUGAAAUACGCGUGCAGAUCCAGGCUCCAAUGCCUACCAAAGUAACCAUCUUACUGUGGGACGAAGAUGGCAUAGAACCAUGUAGUUUUCUGGUGACUCCGAAUCAUGCAGGAAGGGUCCGCUUGUGUGACAAUGCACAGCUCCUGAGGGACCACAAUCCUCAGUUGACCGGUAUCGAGGAUUAUUUGAUUUAUCGGGACAGCGAAUGGAUUGACAUGGGCUGGGAGUCACCCGUUUUUGCUCUUCCUGGCAGUAUGCUCUUGGUACGAGUGGCAUCUGUACAGUGGCUCGACGGAUUUGAUGUGAACAAAGAAUUUGUUUGA